AUGGUGACGUGCAACACGGAGUCCUUCCGAAAUCUGGUGACCGAUGUUUUUGUCCAGUUGAAUGAGAUUGAAAUCCAGCUCAGUGGUUUGGAGGCUUGGGCUGGACUUCCUCCUGAGUGUUUUUCUCCUACUUCUGCAUCCUCUAGCAUGCCUUUCGACGCAGAUCAAAUUUCCGCAGAAGCUCAAACUUUAGUUGAGGUAGUCAGACAACUGCAGCUCGGGCUUCACUCAAUGGUUUCAAAGCCUUCUUCCCAGUCUUUGUCGAUAACCAGUGCCAACGCUGUUUCGUCUUCAGUAACCCCUUCCAAAUCCUCCGUUGCAGCUUCACAGUCCAGAGGUAUUCCAACUCCGGUCUACGGUGGCGCUCACGUUACACCGUCAUAUUCGGCUACCCCCGUUGUUGCGCCAUGCUCCAUAUCUUCUACACAUGUGGAUGCCUCUCCUCAAAUCCAGGAUUGUGGAUCAUACGCGAACUUUGCCUACAAGUCGCCAUGUGCUGUCUCAGGAUCUGGCUCGAUUCAAAGUCAGUCGACAUCUGGUUUAUAUCCAUCUCCUUCAAUGCAUAUGAGUACAGAUACAUUCACACAACCUCCGUCUGCAAGCAGACAAUCAGGUUCUUCCUGUCCAGAUCCAAACUUUACCAUAUCUGCUUCCAAUAUGAGAGCGGACUACCAUAGUCACAUUCAACAAGUAGUGAGUACUCCCGACCAACAGCUCGGCCCAUCUGCCUAG